GUUGUUUGCAAUCCGCCAAAAGCAAGAGAAGAAGAAGAAGUAUAUCCAUUGAUUUCCGGUAGUGUUUCAUAAACUCGGGACGUAGAGAAGGAAGUAUGCUGGCCCUGUCCCGUGCAGUGAUGUGUGGGGUGACCCGCGCCCCAGCUGCCGUCAGUCAAGGUGGAGUGACCUCUAUCACUCGAUACAACAGCACGGCACAGACUGCUCCUAAGAAAACAACAUAUGGACCUCUGGCUGAUCAGGACAGAAUUUUUACUAACCUUUAUGGUCGCCAUGACUGGAGGUUGAAGGGGGCAUUGAAGCGCGGUGACUGGUACAAAACUAAGGAGAUCCUUCUGAAGGGAGUGGACUGGAUCCUCAAUGAGGUCAAGGUUUCUGGCCUGCGUGGAAGAGGCGGUGCUGGUUUCCCUACCGGCAUGAAGUGGGGCUUCAUGAACAAGCCCAGCGAUGGAAGGCCAAAGUAUCUGGUGGUGAACGCAGAUGAGGGAGAACCUGGCACCUGUAAGGACAGGGAGAUCAUGCGUCAUGACCCACACAAGCUGGUGGAGGGCUGCCUGGUGGCUGGUAGGGCCAUGGGGGCGCGUGCUGCUUAUAUUUAUAUCAGAGGAGAGUUCUACAACGAGUCGUCCAACCUGCAGGUGGCAGUUAAUGAGGCCUAUGCAGCUGGGUUCAUUGGAAAGAACGCCUGUGAAUCCGGUUAUGACUUUGAUGUGUUUGUGAUGCGUGGUGCUGGAGCAUACAUCUGUGGAGAGGAGACCGCUCUCAUUGAGUCUAUUGAGGGGAAGCAGGGAAAGCCCCGCCUGAAGCCCCCGUUUCCUGCUGAUGUUGGUGUGUUCGGUUGCCCAACGACUGUUGCCAAUGUGGAGACAGUUUCCGUGGCGCCCACUAUCUGUCGUCGUGGAGGCUCAUGGUUUCUUGGCUUUGGCAGAGAGAGAAACUCUGGCACAAAGCUCUUCAACAUCUCUGGCCACGUUAACACCCCCUGCACCGUAGAGGAGGAGAUGUCUAUCCCCCUGAAAGAACUCAUCGAGAGGCACGCAGGUGGUGUGCGUGGAGGUUGGGACAACCUGCUAGCUGUUAUCCCCGGUGGCUCCUCCACCCCCCUUAUUCCCAAGGACGUCUGUGCAGAGGUGCUGAUGGACUUUGACGGUCUCCUCCAGGCUCAGACUGGCCUGGGCACCGCUGCAAUCAUCGUUAUGGACAAAUCUACUGACAUCAUUAGAGCUAUCGCCCGCCUGAUUGAGUUCUACAAGCAUGAGAGCUGUGGCCAGUGCACGCCCUGCAGAGAAGGAGUGGACUGGAUGAAUAACAUGAUGUGGCGUUUUGUGAGUGGUAAUGCACGGCCAGCAGAGAUCGACAUGAUUUGGGAGCUCAGUAAGCAGAUUGAGGGACACACUAUCUGUGCCCUGGGAGAUGGUGCGGCUUGGCCAGUGCAGGGAUUGAUCAGGCACUUCAGGCCUGUGAUGGAAAGCCGAAUUGCUGAACACCAGCAACAGCAGCAGCAGCAGCAGCAGCAGCAGCAGCAGCAGCAGCAGGCCAGAGCUUAAAUUGCUCCUAUAACUCCUUUAGCUCAUUAUUUUGCCUUUUUUGCCCUUAACCCUGUGCUUCUGUAAUUCACAAACUAUUUAAAGCGAUAAUGUGCCGUCUUAUCACCUCAUCACAUUUUGCAUUGAUGUGUCUGCCUUGUGUGGUGAAAAUACCAAUAAAAUUCUAUGAACCUUAAA